CUGAAACCCACCCACACGCGUUCCUAAAAAAAGAAAGAAAAAACCCCACCCACUCGCCGAGCGAGCUCAGCUGAGCUCGACACGCCGCGCGAGCGGAAGCACACCCUCGCCGCUCCUCUCUCCUCCCGUCGUGCCGGCCGCUGCCGGGGCCGCCUUUCGACCCGCCGGAUCACCGCAGCACCCCGCUCGAGCGCCGGCCGGCAGGCCGUGAUGUCCACCGCCGCGCCCUUCCGCCUCCUCCUCCCGCUCCACCCACCACUAACUCCCAGACGCCAUUCCGCUCCCGUUCUCCCCUCUGUCCCACGCCGCGGCACCGUCCCCAGCCCCCGUCUCCGCCUCCGUCUCCGUCUCGCAGCCGGGGGCGGCGAUGCGCCUCCGCCCGCAGCCGACGAACUCGACUGCGUGGGCACGGGCAGCGACGUCGAGUGCGUCGUCGACGGCGACCCUGGGGCGGAGGAGGGGGUCGCCCCGGCGCUCGCGGGGAGGGAGUGGUGGGAGUGGGUGUCGCUGGUGUCGCCCUUCUUCUUCUGGGGCACGGCCAUGGUGGCCAUGAAGGGGGUCAUACCCAAGACGGGGCCCUUCUUCGUCGCCGCGCUCCGCCUGCUCCCCGCGGGCGCGCUCGUCGUCGCCUUCGCGGCCGCGCGGGGCAGGAAGCAGCCCUCCGGGUGGGCCGCCUGGGGCGCCAUCGCCGCCUUCGGUCUCAUCGACGCCGCCUGCUUCCAGGGCUUUCUCACCGAGGGCUUGCAGAAGACAUCGGCUGGCCUCGGAAGCGUCAUAAUUGACUCCCAACCAUUGACGGUUGCUAUCCUUGCAGCGCUAUUCUUCGGAGAGUCUAUCGGGGCGAUAGGAGCUGGGGGGCUCGUACUGGGUGUUGUUGGGCUUUUGCUCCUCGAGGUUCCAGCACUGUCAGUUGAAGGAAGCAACACAUCAGUCUGGGGGAGUGGAGAAUGGUGGAUGUUCCUCUCGGCCCAAAGCAUGGCGGUCGGAACUAUCAUGGUUCGCUGGGUAUCAAAGUAUUCUGAUCCAAUCAUGGCAACAGGAUGGCACAUGGUAUUAGGUGGGAUUCCUUUGUUGGUUAUAUCUGUUCUUAAUCACGAUCCUGCUCUUAAUGGACACAUUCAAGAGCUUACAUGGAGUGACAUAGUAGCUCUGGGUUAUACAUCUAUAUUCGGCAGUGCUGUCAGCUAUGGUGUCUACUUCUACAAUGCUACAAGAGGUAGUUUGACCACGCUUAGUUCUCUUACUUUCUUGACUCCUAUGUUCGCCUCCAUUUUUGGGUUCCUCUAUCUGGGAGAGACCUUCGCACCUGAGCAGAUCGGUGGUGCACUUCUGACAUUGGUUGCCAUCUAUAUGGUUAACUACAAGAGCAUUAUAGGCGAGAAGUAAGAGACUGUCAAAAAAUUGAUAGAUUCUGUGCCAGACGGGUACUGCGCUUCACUGGAGCACAUGUAACGGCGCUGUGCAGGGGUUUGAAGAGUAAGUACAUGUUAGUAAUAAACAUCCCACCAAUUUGCACAGCUUGAAGAGGCAUGUCACAUGUGCGUCCCCGUAUUUCGACUAAAAAGAUGGCAUAAGCUGGUGCAAACAAGUUCUGUCAUCUGUCAAACAUAAUCAGAUGACUCACCCACAACUCCUGUGUUGCACACUGAUGAAGUUGUCGAGGACAAAGUCAGCAUUUCUCCAUUUCAGCACAACUUUCUCACGUGGAGCUGAAAAGUGCAAAGAAAACCAAUUGUAUGGCUACAUAGUCAGAUGGUUUGCAUAAUAGCUGAUGUGUUGUACAAAUAUGGGAGAAGUAGCCCCUAUGUACAAGUAGUUGCAAGCAUGGAAAUAUCUAAUGAGCGAAAAGCAAUUGUUUCUGGUGA